AAUGGCUGCUGCAACCUCAAGCCUAUCCUGAUACACCGAAACGACAUCAAGGUGGAGAGAGAGAGAGAGAGAGAGAGAGCCGGAGCAAGGGAGGAAGAGAGAGAAAGAUUAGGAAAAUGAGAGCAGAUAUAGAGAGAAUGUGGGUGAGACUGUGAGUGUUUCAUGAAAGGAGGAUAAAAAGAGAGAGAGGAGACCCUGGGGUGGGCUGCUGCAAGCGGCGGGCAACACCGAGCCAUGGAGGGCGAUGUGCGUGUUCGUGCAGUGGUGAUGACACGUGAUGACUCCAGUGGCGGCUGGGUGCCCCUUGGAGGUGGCGGCCUCAGUCAUGUGGUGAUAUGUAAAGGGCGGAGUCACGAAGGCAAGGGGCGGAGAGAAUACAUCAUUCGUGGAGAACGACUGCGAGAUCGAGCACCAGUGCUGGAGUGUGCAGUGCAAAGGGGGUUAGUGUACAACAAGGUGAACCCCAUCUUCCAUCACUGGAGAGUAGAGGAUCGAAAGUUUGGCCUUACGUUCCAGAGUCCUGCUGAUGCCAUCUCCUUCGAGAAAGGGCUGCAAACUGUCAUAGACAAGCUGGACAGAGGCUCUGACUCGCCCUCGUCCUCCACACCAGAAGAGGCCGACACAGAGGACGACGGGCAAGCAUCCCAUACAGGAAGUGAGUCUUCAUCCAACAGCAGAAAGGAGAUGCUUCCCAAACCCAUCACCAUAGUGACGAGUGAGUCUUCAUCUAUCUGCUUCGUACGGUCAGAGGAGUUUAGCUUUGGAUCCAGCCAUGCUGUUACCACUCAGACGCCUGCUCAGAUCCACACCAGGCCGGGACAACACCAGCUUUCACAAAUGACCCCCGUGUUGAAUCCCCCAGCGCCUCCGCCCCCGCCUCCUGCUCCACCUACCCCUCCUCUAGGUCCCCCGGCCUCCUCUCCUCUGUCUCCCCUCUCGCCCACCAUUUCUCUGCUGGAGGAGGGCGACCUGCGCAGUGUGGACCCUUGCAAAGACCUGUGGGGCUCUCGAGGCUACGAGGACUAUCGAAGGGCGGGGGCAACCAGGACUAUGGUUGGCGGGCUGACCGGGGGAGUGGUUGUAGGCGGCGGCGGGAGUCUUCAGGACAAGUCAGAGCUGUGUGUGGUCCGCUUCGAAAAGGACCUGGCAGGAGUGGGGACCGCGGGCUGUGAAGUGACGGUGAACCUAGACAGUAAAGCUUCCCAACGUCUCUCCUCGUCGUCGCCCACCUGUAUGUCCAACGCCGUGUCAGGUGUGUCCUCAGGGGCCGGCUCACCCCAGGAGACGGGCAAGGGCUCGCCCUCUCCCUGCUGCAUCCACACCUCACUGGCCACGCCCAGGUCGCGGACUCGUAAAAGAGGAGGAGGGGGGGCAGGCGGCAGUUGCGACACGGGCGUGAUCUCGCCUGACGACGACAGCCCGUGUCCUCAGGGUUCGUCGUGCUCGUCUCGGUGUGUGUACUGCCGCUCUGUUUUCAGCGCUUCGGAGAAUGGGCGGGGCCGCUGCAGGGACGCCCCAGACCCGGCCCUUCAUUGCCUGCGCCAGUGGACCUGUGUGUGGUGCGCAGAGUCUCUGCUGUACCACUGCAUGUCGGACUCUGAAGGAGAGUUCUGGGAGCCUUGCUCGUGCGAUGACUCUUCGGGGGCCCACUCGAACCCCCUUUGCUGUGCCCGCUGGCUGGCCCUCCUGGCUUUGUCGCUCUUUGUGCCCUGCAUGUGCUGCUACCUGCCUUUGCGCGCCUGCCUGCGUUGUGGGGAAAGGUGCGGCUGCUGUGGGGGGAAGCACAAGGCAGUCCGAUGAGGCCGGGCUCGGGGGCGUGGGAAGGGUUUCCCCCGGACCAAAGAGGUUUUGGGUGUUGAGAGGAGAGAGCACCUGCAGGGGUGCACAAAGGGGGAGCAUAGGUGUCAAAGCAUUCUCAGUAGACCCAGACCUCUGACUUGGCCUUCCAAAGCCUCACUUCAUUCUGCUUUUUUCUUUUUUCCAACCUGGGGCCUUCCUCUCUGGCCCACGCCUACUGAAGGUGCACUGCGAUCAGAUAAGGCUCUGUGGGAGUCGUCUGGAGCCGUCAUAGUGGAUCUACUGAGGCUCGGGCUGAUCUAGAGUUAACAGUCAACAGACUUGAUCACAGGAAGAGAAGUGGCAGAGGCAAAGAUGAUGUGUACACUGUUUCAAAAUGUCUGUUUGUUUUUUUAUUUAGAAAAGAAAAACACAAAAAACAGAAGAUGUUUAUAUAUAUGAUUGUUAUAAUUUUAAUUGGUAUAUUUUACUAAGUGUAAAACAUAAUGACAGAAUCCCCCAAAUGGCACACACUAUCACGUUCACAAACAUGAGAUCUUGGGGAAGGUUGUUUGUUUCAUGUUAGCCUGUUUAUCAGUCAGAUGAACAGAUGUCACCCUUUACCUCUAAUUUUACCUCAAAUGUUGUUCAAACCCUGGUUAAGAAAGCCGUGAGUGCAGUCCUAAAGAAGAGAGUGUGAGCAUCUCAGACCACUAGUGUUGUCUUUUGGUUAAAGUUGUAGAGAGAGAGAGAGAGAGAGAGAGAGAGAGAGAGAGUUAUCAAAUGCAAAGGGACAAUUAUUUUUUAGGGAAGUUGCAAUGAAAACCACAAAGACUUAAAAGUCAUAAUGUGACGCAUUAUGGUCCUUUGUAACCAAACACAGGGUUAUUUCUUUUCUCUUAAAAAAAAAAAAAAAAAUCAAGAAUUUUUGUCGAACAUUGAACACCCUCACUUUACACAUAAUAUUUCCAUCUUUCCAUGUGUUUUCAGUAUUAAUCAUACGACACAUCCUAUCCUCCCACUGUAGUUGUUCAGUCUGUCAAGGUGCUUACAACUGAGGCCUCUGAGCGAGUCUGUUCUACCUAACGUACACAAUGACAGUACAAUCCUAACCCCAAAGAAAUACAAAACAGGACCCCAAUGCUAACCAAUCCCUCGACAUGUCAGGGCCUUGAAAUGAGACGCCACCAAAAAAUAACAAGUGCAAUGAACAGUGUAUUAAAAGAGUAUUUUUGUACCAAGUAGACACAAACUCGACACGAAUUGGAAGUAUUGGAACCGAAUACUGUAGUGUGUUAUUGUGUUUGAUAUCAGAAAGGAAUGAAAAACAGGAACACUAACUUUGUCUUUGAGCAACAGCAUGUGUGACUUUUAAACUAUGUGCUGUAGUCUAUUGGCGGUGUGAGACGACAUACAUUAACUGAAGAUGAAUGGUGGUUAGGUCUUUGUUUGGGCACAGUGGCAGAUGUGUUUACUGAAUGUUGCUUUAAGUAUGUAGUCAAAAAAAAAAGCUGCUAUUUUUAAGUCCUGUCCUAACCCUGUUCAAACGUUCACGCUGCCUCUUGGCAAUGGAUGAGGUGGAGUGGCAGAGUCAAACAGUCCUUCAAGGUCUUAAUCCAUCCACGGUGCUGAGGAUGCUCAAGUAUGUGUGAGAAAGUUUUUGCUUAGUCAAGUCACCCCAAGACAUUUAAAAAAAUCGUCUGGUGAUAUACAGUACCUUGCAUUCAUGUGUAUAUUUUGCUAAUUUGUGGUAUAUUUUUCUAUUUCUGGCAAAUAACUGGCGAUGGGUAGGUUACAUGCUAAUUUCCCCCCCUCAACUCCAACAGAUUCUGUCAGCAUAAACAUUAGCUUUUGUACUGAAACAAAGACCAAGGGCCAUUUUUAGAGCUUUCACUUUGCACCAGUGCUUAACAUGAUGCAAAUGAAAAAAUAUAUGAUCAUAGAGGUAGGGAUGGUAGGUUUCAUAAAAAAAACAACAACAUUGCAUUGUUUCAACUGGAAAACCGAGGCUCUAAUAUCCUUAUAACUUGAAUUUAAUUACAAAAAUAAAUGCAACCACCUCACCCCUUGAGUGAAUUGUUGAAAGAUUUUCUAGAAAUGUAAGAAUUUAGAAAGCAGGGUAGACAUUGAUUAAAAAUAAGUCUUGAAAUGUCCUGAGCAUCACAGAUUGAUGAUCUCCUCACAGUGUGGGAGAAUCUUUGGGGGGGAUUUCUCUCUUUAUGUCCUGAGGCAUUUUCCUUUAAAAUUAAGGAUUGGAAUACUUCCAGUAAGCUAUGUACUGUAUGAAGGAAAUUAUUGUUGGCUAGUUCUACUACAGUCUCAUGUCUCAAUCACCUGGUAGAUCUUGAAAUAUGGCUUCACUAGAUUAUUUAUGUGCUAGGUUAAACCAAGAACUUUUAUCCAAAGUGACUUGAAGUGAGCGAACAAGCAGCAGGGUUCAGAGUGAGGAAACAAAAACUGCUGACAAACAUCACCCUCGACCUCUUGGUUAUGAGACGAACGUUCUUCACCUCUAGGCUGGCCUGCCAACAAUGAUGGUCCUCUUAGAAGAAAAAAAA